AUGCACAAGGACCUCAAGGCAUGGACACGGGCUUGUAUCGCCUGUCAACGGAGUAAGAUCCAGCGACACAACAAGGCCUCCAUUGGCACCUUCCCUGGCCCUGGUGCAAGGUUCAGCCACGUUAACCUGGACAUUGUGGGCCCCCUGCCUCGGUCCAAUGGUUGUUCUUAUCUCCUCACCUGUGUGGAUCGGUUCACUCGGUGGCCUGACGCAAUUUCCCUGACAGACAUUGCUGCUCCAGCGGUGGUCAAGGCUUUUCUCAGUCGUUGGGUUGCCAUCUUUGGUGCACCCUCCACAAUAACGACUGACCGUGGUGCCCAGUUUGAGUCUAACCUCUUCCAGUCGUUACUCUCCUUUUUAGGCUGUACUCGCAUCCGCACUACAGCCUAUCAUCCGGCAGCCAACGGGAUGGUCGACCGGUUUCACCGCCAGCUGAAGGCCCCCCUACGCGCCGCGGCCGAUCCGGGGAACUGGACGGACCACCUUCCCUGGUCCUCUUGGGCAUCCGCUCCGCUCUCAAGCCGGACCUUGACUGUUCCGCAGCUGAACUGGUGUUGGGCGCCACCGUCCGACUUCCCGGUGAGAUGAUCUCGCCAACCCCACAAGGUGCGGUUGAGGAUCCCACCAACCUCCUGCAUCGCCUCCGGCAAUUUAUGCGGACACUUUCCCCGGUUCCUCCCAGGUCCCCCGCCUCUCCGUCUUAUCUCGGGAAGGACUUGGCAACGUGCUCUCACGUCUAUCUCCGAUGUGAUCGAGUCCGCCGGCCCCUGGAACCACCCUACAAUGGCCCCUUCCGAGUUAUCUCCCGUGGGACGAAAAACUUCCGCAUCCAACGCGGCACUGCGAGGAGGUCGUGA